CAUAACUCCGCAUUGAUCUGACACUCCUAUGAUCAAUUCUCUGGCCUCCAAGAUGCUCAAUUCAUAAUUGUUGCCCCUCCUACACUAUGCUCUUCGCGCCGCGUACUGUGCGCAGAAAACCAGCGUCGUCCGCUUUGCACACCUCCGCUAGACAGGCUUUCAAACUAUGGAAGCUCUUCGCUUCUGGGGCCCAACUUCCGCUCAGCCAGCGACAAUCUCAACAACUCCUCGAUACCCUUAAAAAUUCCUUCCGUAGCCACCUUGAUCGAGAGCAUCCCCCGUCUGCGUCCGAGCCUACACACCCGGUCUUCUCCCAUCCCGCAUUGCCUGCUCCAGCGUCGAAACGAUCGUCUGCCACGAACUCGCGCUCGGUGACAGAUGGACAUCUCCACUCUAUCCUAAACAAUCCUCUGUUUGCUGUCAAGCCGACACAGGAAUCCAUACCGUCACUUGUUAACGAUCCCUUGGGUUGGUUCCGCGGCCAGGUCGCCUUAGGGGCCGCCACUGUGCCCAAGGCCGUUGCCUGUCUCGACACACUGCAGGCGAAGGGAUAUUUGAUACCCGAUGGAUCAGGCGAUAACAAGGCGAAAAGGCACCUUGUGGGCUCCUUAGUCUUAGACUGGAUUAAUAUCAGUGGGCUGGACACGUCUCGGGAAUAUAUGAAGAGUCAAGAGCUGAGCGCUCUUCUGACCAGAUUUGUGUACGCCGAAGACCGAGAGGACGUGAUCAUGGACUGGCUGGGCUUACCAUCAUCCGUCGCUGUGAAAUGCGAGUUCAAUGUUGCGGAAUUCCACUUGUGGAAGUUGCGAGUCAUGAUCACAUAUCUUAAACUAAACCUAGCCAUAAACGCCGAUUCUGGAUUAAUAGCAUUCCUGCGCUCAUGGGAUGUCCUGAAACUUCACGAUCCAACCAAUAGGUACACACGAAAGAAAGCCGCCUUAUUCUUAAUCAAAUAUCUCGUCAGUCAACCCGAAGGAAAACCUCUAAAGUGUUCACCUACAUUAUACGAGGAUAUCAUAACACAAACGCCCGGCCUGCUGGGCAGAGCACCGUUCUUUGAAGCAUUCUUGUGGCUACACCACCCCACAAAUCCAAAGACUUCUUUUGCGACGGAACUCAUAUCUCGUAAAUAUGACGAGACGCUCAAAGUGCAUGGACACCAACGGCCACCUGGAAAAGUUGGCGAAUCCAUCGACUGGUUGGAAAUAUUCUACUAUGAUCUCAUGCAGCGAUUACUCGAGGAAGGGAGGGAAGUAGAGGCUGUUCAGGUUCUUGGAAAGGCCCAGUUGUACAAGAAGAAAGCAUCCGCCACUCCAUCUGCAGUAACGCCUACGUCAACCAGCAUUCGAAGCAGAUAUAAGACGGUUGACAGCAAGGGCGAGGCAGAGAGCUUGGGUUAUUUAAAUGAUCUAGGACUGACAUGAAGCCACCCGUGGCUGUCCUCAAAUAUCUACAGCAGAACGAUGCGUGAGUAAGUCAUUUGAAGACUGGCGACUUAAAACUACUAUCACUGGGAGUCAGCUUCAUCAAAUGAGAGCCUUUAGUGUAGCAUCUGCCAUGGCAGUCUAUCCUCGUCGAGAGUUUCCUAGCUCUGCCGCGGAACGUAGCUGGGCGUUUCCAGGCA